UGCAGCAGGGUCCGAGUUAGCAGCUUUUUUUUUGUGGUUUCCUAGCUCCUCGUUCCCUUCCUCGCUUCCUACACACUUUGGGAAAUAAUCAGGACGCAGCCAAAGAUAGCGCCUGCGUCUCCUGACCUGUUCUCUCCUCUUUUUUUCACUUUGUUUGUGGAUGAUGGGAUUUUAAUCAUGUGGAAGGUAGCUGACCGGCUCUCCUGGUUUUCGCUCACUCUGUGCCUGGCUCCUCCCGGCCUCCUGUUCUGAUUCAGCAUGGACGCGCUGGAGUCCGAACUGACCUGCCCUAUCUGCCUGGAGCUCUUCGAAGACCCACUCUUGCUCCCUUGCGCCCACAGUCUCUGCUUCGGCUGCGCCCAUCGCAUCCUCGUCUCCCACUGCGCCACCAACGAGUCCGUGCAGCAGAUCAGCGCCUUCCAGUGCCCCACCUGCCGUUAUGUCAUCUCCUUAAGUCCGGAACGAGGACUGGAAGGACUCAAGAGAAACGUGACUCUACAGAACAUCAUCGACAGAGUUCAGAGAGCGUCUUCGUCCGCCGGGUUGCCGUUGGCGUUGCCGGCCCCUCACGGAAGCGCGCCGGGCUCUCCCACGGAAGAAGGAAGCAACCGUUUGGCGUUGGUGCCCGUCAGCGCCGCCAUGUCCAGCCCGGGAACGCCCCCCGAGCCGGUGCAGUGCCAGUUCUGCGAGCAGGACCCGCCCCAGGACGCGGUGAAGACGUGCGUGACCUGCGAGGUGUCGUACUGCGAGGAGUGCCUUCGAGCGACGCACCCGAACAAGAAGCCGUUCACCGGGCACAGACUCAUCGAGCCCAUGCCCGACUCGCACCUCCGCGGGCUGCAGUGUCUGGAGCACGAGGAGGAGAAGGUGAACAUGUACUGCGUGAGCGACGACCAGCUCAUCUGCUCGCUGUGCAAACUCGUGGGACGGCACCGCGACCAUCAGGUGGCGGCACUGAGCGACCGCUACGAGAAACUAAGGCAAGCCCUGGACUCCAACCUGAGCAACCUCAUCAAACGCAACAACGAGCUGGAGUCGCUGAUGGGGAAACUCAUCCAGACUUGUCAACACGUCGAGGUGAACGCGUCACGUCAGGAGGGCAAACUGCUGGAGGAGUGCGACAUGCUGAUCGAAAUAAUCCAACAACGCAAGCAGAUCAUCGGGAGCAAGAUCAAGGAAGGGAAGACCCAGAGGCUUCGUAAACUGGCCCAGCAGAUCACAAACUGUAAGCAGUGCAUCGAGAGGUCCACGGCGCUCAUCUCUCAGGCCGACCAGACGCUGAAGGAGACGGAUCACGCUCGCUUCCUCCAGACCGCCAAGAGCAUCAACGAGCGGGUUUCCAUGGCAACCGCGUCAACCCAAGUGCUGAUCCCGGAGAUAACACUGACGGACACGUUUGACAACUUCGCCCUGGACUUCACCAGAGAGAAGAAACUGCUGGAGAGUCUGGAUUAUCUCACGGCUCCCACGGCUCCGAGCAUCAGGGAGGAGCUGUGCACCGCCUCCUACGACACCAUCACGGCGCACUGGACCUCCGACGACGAGUUCACCGUGGUGUCAUACGAGCUCCAGUACGCCAUCUUCACCGGGCACGCUAAUAUCGCCAGUCUGUGUAACUCUCUGGAGAGCUGGAUGAUCGUGCCCAACAUCAAACAGAACCACUACACCGUGCACGGCCUGCAGAGCGGCACCAAGUACAUCUUUGUGGUGAAGGCCAUAAACCAGGCGGGCAGCAGGACGAGCGAGCCCGGGACGCUCAAGACCAACAGUCAACCGUUCAAACUGGAUCCCAAAACGGCGCAUAAGAAGCUGAAGGUCUCCCAUGACAACCUGACGGUGGAGCGCGACGAGACGACGUCCAAAAAGGGCCACAGCCAGGAGCGUUUCAGCAGCCAGAGCAGCUACGGCGUCGUCGGAAACGUCUACAUCGACAGCGGACGCCAUUACUGGGAGGCGCUGAUCGGAGGAAGCACAUGGUACGCCGUGGGCAUCGCCUACAAAUCCGCCCCGAAACACGAGUGGAUCGGCAAGAACUCCGCCUCCUGGGUCCUCUGCCGCUGUAAUAACUCCUGGGUCGUCCGUCACAACAGUAAAGAGCUGGCGAUCGAACCCUCGCCUCACCUGCGGCGCAUCGGCGUUCUCUUGGACUACGACGCCGGAUACGUCAGCUUCUACGACGCGGUGGGCUCGCAGCAUCUCCACACCUUUAACGUGUCGUUCAUCCAGCCGGUGUGUCCGGUCUUCAACGUGUGGAACAAGUGUCUGACCAUUCUGACCGGUCUGCCCAUCCCUGACCACCUGGAGGCAGUAGAACCACACAGUUAG